AUGACAUCGAACCAAGGUAAUUUUUUGAUUUUGUUUUUUAGAAAAAAAAAAACAAAAAAAAAGAAUUUGCAGAACCUCAUGUGAUUUAUCAACCAGCGUAUGUGCAAGGUUAUCCAACCGGAGCACCAGUAAAUGUUUGGAAUCAGCCGCCAAAUCAAGCAGUGACAUAUGCGAUUCCUUACCCACCCAAUCAGAUGGGAAGCUAUGCUGAUAAGGCAGGAUAUGAUGGAUAUCCCCCGUUGGCAUAUCAAGCACACGAUAACGGUGAAAUGAUGAGACAACAUCAUUAUCAAGCACAACAUUAUGCACAGCCAAAUCAAUGGCAAUAUCAACAAGGACAAUCGCAUUUCAUACCGACUUAUGCGACCAAUUUCAACGCCGUCACUGAUCCAGCAUAUCAAGGUGGACCGCCCCCAAACAUGAAUCGACCACCGCCAAAUGUGAAACGAGACGAUUUUCAAGGCACCAUCGGUAUGAUGGAAAACCCCGCCCAAUCGGCAGCCGCAUACACAGCAAGUUGGGUCAGCUCGACGUCGAGUAUUCCUCCGGAGAUGAGGGAUGAGCCAGAGAUUGUGAGUCACUUUUUUUGUUUGAACUAUAAUUGUUUUAUUAUUUUUUAGGCAGAAGAAAAUGGGGGAAAUUAUGAAGGUCGAAAUAGUGGCCAAUGGCCAUCGUUGAACGAAGAAAAUCGCGCGAAAAAUGAUAAAAGUGGCGCGAAAAAAACCGAAAGACGCGAUGAGCCAAGAGAGCUCACAUUUGACGAGCGUCUUGAAAAAGCAAGAAUGCAAAAAGAUCGGGUCGAGAAUCAAGGGUUUGAAAAUAAUGGAACCAAUAAUACUGCCCCAUCCACUGCGCCGCCAGCACAAGGUGCCCCACAAAGAAAUAAUAGUAAUAAUAAUAAUAAUAAUAAUGGUGGAAAUAAUAAUGGAGCAAAUAGUGGAAGUAGCAGUGCACAAAAUACGGGAAGUUUACCAGCCGGUGCUGUACAACAAACACAAGGAAUCCGUCCAGAGAGUAGUAGUCGCGGACAUAACGGUCCAGUUAUUUAUAAUCAAGGCCCACCACGUGGUAUGGCAAGAGGAGGUCCACAGAUGAAUGGCGGAGAUCGUAGAAAUAAUUAUAGACAAGACGUGAGUUUGUUUUCUCUUCGGAAGAGGCUCUUCCUUCCAUUUAACAAGAACAAUUAGAAAUUUUCAGUAUCAAAAUGAUGGCCGUCAAGACAUGGGAUAUUCGGGUUAUCAAGGUCGUGGUGGCAAACGUGUUAUUGGCAACGGCGUUGGAAAUAUGCCAAGUGGAAGUGGCGGUAUGCCACUCGCUCAUCAACCGCAUAUUCAACACCAACAGCAACCACCCUUGCAACAACAUCAACAACAACCAUAUCAAAUGGGAUUGAUGCAUUCGGGUAUGCCGAUACAAUAUGCGCAACCGCCAGUUUAUGCGCCACAAAAUCAUCAAUACGUUUUGGCGUCGCCAAUGACACAAACUAUUGAUCCGCAAUUAUUGGCAAAUAUUGCAGGUAAUUUGGAAAUAUUUUCAGAAGGUUUCAUAGAAAUUCAAAUAUUUCAGCUUUGCAAAACACACAUUUGUCAUAUUCACCAAUGCGUCGAUAUUUGUUGCCUGGACCAUUUGGUAUGAUGCCGCAACCCAUCCAACAAGACGCCAAAUUCCGUAACACUUGGUUGGAUGCUCAAAGUUAUCCACCAUUCGGUGCAAUGUUCGGAUAUGACACGAGAGGACGUGGCGGAUAUCGUGGCCGAGGUGGAUCACGUGGGGGAUAUAGAGGUGGCGGACCUCGUAGAUAUGAUAACCGUCGGGAUGAUCGUCGAGAUGAUCGCGAGAGAACUCAAGCAGCAGCUGCACCAGUGGCCGAAGAAGAAGGUCAAGAGAAGUCUGAUGAAAAUGAGGAAGAAGGUGCAACAUCAGCUGAGACUGGAGCUGAAAUUGAAAUUGGAGUUGAGGGAGCUGAAACUGAGGAGGCCGAGGAGAACCCGACCACAGAAGCUGUGUCGACUGAAACUGAUGAGAAAGCUGCUGAAACUCAAGAAGAGAGCAGCGAAACUGUAAAAGAACCAGUUGGAGAGAAAGAUUUAGCGUAAGUUUUGAUUAUCGCCAUUCACUUUUCAACAAUUAUAUUUUUGCAGUUCGAAGCCUGAACAGAAAGAAGCUAAAUCUGAGGGGAAAAGUAAAGAGAAAUAA